AUGGUGCGUUCUUUGCAUGUUCGUGGUUGGAGUUGGCGGACGCUAUGGAUUUUACCUUUUCUAUUCUUGUGGAAUUACGUGGAUGGACAAACCCGUUACACCAUUCCAGAGGAGUUAAAGGAAGGAUCUGUUGUGGGAAAUAUUGCGAAGGAUUUGGGUCUUGACGUGGCUGACAUUAUCAAUCGCAACUUACGAAUCACGUCUGAAUCUGGUAACCAGUAUUUCACUGUGGACCUAACAAAGGGCGAGCUUGUGGUGAAUGAGAGAAUAGACAGAGAGAAGCUGUGCGAGCAAAGUGAUAGCUGUGUUCUUCCUUUGCAAGUCGUGGUCGAAAAUCCAUUACAGUUGCAUGGUAUAGAAAUAGACAUUGAAGAUAUUAAUGAUAAUGCACCCGAGUUUCACACGAAAGAAAGUGCACUAAAAAUCUACGAGUCUGUCACGCCAGGAAAAAGAUUUCUUCUCGAAAAAGCAAGUGACCCUGACGUGGGUAGCAAUAGCUUGCAUUCAUAUACUUUGAGCAAAAAUGAGUUUUUUCGGCUAAAUGUAAAAUCACUGAAAGAUGGAGUAAAAAUUCCCGAGCUCAUUGUGGAAAAGGCUUUAGACAGAGAAACCAAAUCAUCACACCGACUUGUCCUUACUGCGUUGGAUGGUGGUACACCACCAAAAACAGGCACAACAGUACUGUUGGUGACAGUACAGGACAAUAAUGACAAUGAGCCCAAAUUUGAAUCGCCAUUAUACAAGACGACUGUUAAUGAAAACGCAAAGAUUGGCCACGUUGUCAUUAGAUUAAAGGCCACGGACCUCGACGAAGGUUCAAAUGGUGAAAUAGAGUAUUCGUUCCAUACGCACACAUCUGAUUCUAUUAAGCAUGUAUUCGGAAUAAAUUCAGAUACGGGUGAAAUAUCUGUGAUAGCAGCUCUAGAUUACGAGGGAUCCAAGACAUACGCGUUCGAUGUUAUUGCAAAAGACAAAGGAACUCCAGAACUAGAGGGAAAUUCGGCUGUGCAAAUUGAUGUUCUUGAUGAGAAUGACAACGCACCAGAGAUCAUUUUAAAAUCAUUGCCUAGUCCUGUCAAAGAAAACGCACCGAAAGGCACCGUUGUGGCAUUAAUAAAUGUUAAAGACUUAGAUUCUGGGGACAAUGGUAAAGUGGAGCUGAGCGUAUCUCCCGGUUUGCCCUUUGCUUUAAAACCGUCACUGGAUAAACACUACUCCUUAGUAACUGAUGCGUUAUUGGAUCGUGAGGUAAUCCCAGAGUACAAUGUCGAAAUCAUUGCAUCCGACUUUGGAACUCCGUCCUUGAAAACAAGCAAACACGUUAAAGUAGGAGUUUUGGAUGUCAACGAUAACGCACCGGUUUUCUCCCAACCCUCAUACAGCGUUUUUCUGAAGGAGAAUAACCCCGCAGGGUCGUCUUUGUUCUCUAUAACCGCUUCAGACAAAGACCAAGAUAAAAACGCUAAAUUGACAUAUUCUAUUGCUGACUCCAAAUUUCAGGAUAUUCCAGCCUCGUCCUACUUUUAUAUCAACGCAGAAAACGGAACAAUCUAUAGCAUGAAUUCAUUUGACUACGAGAAGUUAAAAUUAUUCAAAAUCACUAUUCAGGCCACAGAUCAGGGUACUCCAUCUCUUAGCAGCAACGCCACCGUUCAUGUGUUCAUUCUCGAUCAGAACGACAACGUUCCAGUUGUCAUCUACCCCUCUGCCACUGGCUCUGUGUCCCACCAAAGGAUGCCCCGCUCUGCCAAAGCGGGCCACCUCGUUACCAAGGUAACAGCUGUGGACGCAGACUCAGGCCACAAUGCAUGGGUUUCUUACAGUUUGGCAGAAGCUACAGACUCGUCUCUGUUCGCUGUCAAUCUUUACACUGGAGAGGUGAGGACUAAACGCUCUGUUUCAGAGCAGGAUGACGCCUCUCAGAGACUGCUCAUAGAGAUCAAGGACAAUGGAGAGCCAGUGCAGUCCACCACAGUCACAGUGGACAUACUCAUAGAGGACGGACUGCACGAACCCGUCUCUGAUAUCAGACAUAAGGCCUCAGAAAAAGACAAGAAAAACAGUAAAAUAACAUUUUAUUUGAUCCUGUCAUUAGCCUCAGUGUCUGUUCUGUCUCUACUGACAUUUUUCAUACUAUUGAUUCGGUGUGCUAGAAGUAGUCGGGACAACACUAGCUGCUGUUUAAGACGAGACUCUGAUGGCUAUAAGAAUCCCAACAGAAACCUACAGAUCCAGCUCAACACUGACGGGCCUAUUAAGUAUGUGGAGGUUCUGGGGGGAGACAUGAUGUCUCAGAGUCAGUCGUUUGGCUCCUAUCUGUCUCCAAUGUCGGAGUUCAGUGACUUAACAAUGGUCAAGCCCAGCAGUACGCUUGACUUUAAGGAUACAUUACGCGGACUUGAUGCGUCAUUGCCUGACAGCGCAUGGACAUUUGAGUGCCAGCAGGUGAGAUGA